AUGGUUGCAGCAGCAUGUGUUGUGGGACUCAUGUUGUACUUUCAACUUGGAACUUUUGACGAUAAGAUUUUUGAAUCCGCGCUCGUGUCAAAGUUCAAAGGUGGCUAUGACUUUGUUCAGCAAAGGAAGCAAUAUGUUAACCCCCAGUACCAUCGUCCAUACUUCCAAAGACACACUGUUGAGAGUCCUAUUGAUAAAUCAUGUCAACAGUAUUUUAGAUCGUUAGAGACAUUUGACUUGAAAUACUUUCAAGAUUUCCGUUUUGACAGAACACUACUUAAGAAACAGAAGUGGGUCCACCACAGACAACUAGCAUAUAAAUCACAGUUAGUUAGAGCUGGGAAAACGUAUGAAGCAUCUGUUUACGAUCCAAUUAUAGAGAAAGAAUAUGAAAAGGCUAUAAACGAUCUUUCAGUGUUUGAAAUGCGUCUUAGUAACGUUCUCUCUCAUUUUAGAGUUUUACUGAAUUGUCCCGAUGCUGAUAAAAUUGGUGAAAAGUUCUUAAAUUCCAUAUUUCCUACCGAAAUAAUUUAUAGAGGAGAUGGUCUGGGUAAUGGGUUGGUGAUUCCCUUGUAUGAAAAAGUAUCUGUUUCAACUGUAGCUAGUUUGAUUCGAGUUCUUCGAAGCUUACAGACUUCGCAUCCAAUUGAACUUGUUUUCCAUGAUUUAGAAGAUGAUGAUAGGAGUUUGCUUGAACUGGCAGCUCGUGAUACUUUAGAACGAAUUCCUAAAGAGUUUGAAGAGAUUGUGGGUCGACCUUUCAAUCAACAAGAAGAUUACCCUCCAGUAUCGUUAAUGUUUUUAGAGGUUGAGAAGCCAAAUGAUAAUGAUGUUGUUACUGGCGAUAGCUAUUUAUUUGCCAAAGCAUCCUUGCUAAAUUCUUUUAAAGUCAUUACUAUGCUUCAUCCUGAUAUCAUCCCUCUCACUGAUGAUUUCUCAUCACAGAUUAUUCGUGCUAGCAAUGAAUUUCGGGAAACAGGGCUAUUCAUGUUUCAACAACCAUAUUGGACUCAUACAAGACAACGGAGAGGACCAUCUGGAUUUCAUGAAAUCAAUAAUUUUAUUCAUAAGUAUUUACUGCCUCAAAAGGAAGAUGAAAUACAUUUUGGAAUAAAACCAAUAGAGUCAACUACCAUGAAGAGAAGAUAUUUUGAUGAUUUAUUCUCACAAACCAUAGAUCAUUCAAUGGUCAUUAUAAAUAAAGAUAAGCACAAGUUUACUCUUUAUGUUCAUCUUUUCUUAUCCUUGAUACAACAAAAUGACUACUUCAAUACAAGAGUGAGUCAGCAUAGUGGUUUAAAUCUUGAAUUGCUUUGGCUCUCUUCAGAGAUUUUAGGUGCUCCAUAUCACGUGAAUCUGCAUGCUGGCGUGGCAGUAGGUAUACAUACCCCACCUGAAUUGGCAAACAAAACAUUUAAGAAGACAACCCAAGCAUCGGAACUUUGCUCUUCAAGUUGGGGACAACUUAGUGAGAUUAAUGAUCGUUUGUUGUAUGUACAAAAUUAUCAAUUGUUGAAUUGGAAGACUAGUCCAGGUUUUAAGCUAGCUUUAAGAAAUCGAUAUCUGAUAAUGGGGAAGCCACUUCAAGAUUAUACAUCAAAACUUCAAUUGAAUCCACUAUGGAUCGACACAGCACUUGAGCCUCCAUUUGUGUCGGAUCCUAUCUUUGAUAAAGGAGAACCAAGUCAAGGAUGGAAUGUUUGGGAUUCAUUUGCUGAUGAGCUGGCUUUUCCUUAUUAUUGUGCUUAUAAUGUUGUUGGAGAUGUUUCUUCUGGAAGAUAUGGACGUAGUUUUGAUUUUGACACCGGAAUUCAAAUCAAGGUUAAUUAUUACGCCAAUAUUUGGCUACAUCAGAAUUAG